UCUGUGCAAGAACAAGAAAUCGGCUGCUCGUACGGACAACACGUCAUAGUCAGUUCACGUUUGUGUUAUUGAUGUGAUAGUUUUUUGUUUGUUAUGCUGCCACCUGUCAAAUUUUUGUACUAAAACUGUUAAUAUGACGAUCAGUCUUCGUCAGAAAUAAAGGGAAAAUGUUAAAGUUGAAGUCAUGGAAAGGUUUUGUUGUGCUGUUUGAGAUAUUUUUAGGAAUAUCGGCGUCAACUCAUUGGGUUGUUACUGAGAAUGGGCUUAUACAAUCACAGCUGGACUCAAUUUUCAACAUCCGCCGCCCAUAUGAUCUGCUGGCACUGCUGGAACAGGAAUGGCGAGUGAAGACUGUAGACACUCUUUACAGGGAUCUGGUGUCACGCAAAACUAUUAUAGACAAAAAGUGGGCAGGCGUAGAGAAUGCAAAAGACUUUGAAGAUCGCUUAUUUUCAGAAGAUCCUGAUUGUAUUCGGGCCGAAGAACCUUUGUCUGACACAGACCUGUAUCCCAGCCUGGUGGGCGAUAUUCAGGACCGCAUUAGGUUGGAUCGCUACCUUUCUGUUGAUAUACCUGCGAAUGGUCCUUUGUUGCCAUUCUGCACGCACACAUUUUCUUUGGAUUUCAGUAUGCACGCAUUUGAACACCUCCAUGCAAUGGUGAAGAGAGCUAACCUGUCGGCAGGUCCCGAAGUGAACCUUGCAACGUCUCUGCUGGGGGACAAAGAUCUUGCCCUCUUCGGUCAUCAGGUGGCCUUGGGGCUUAAGAAGAACUCUACUUCGUGGCUUCACUAUAAUCUGGCAUCCAUAUUUUGGAGAAUACGAGGGGAUUCACCUAAUGCAGUGGAGUGUGCACGCAAAUCUGUUCACUUUGCACCAAGGCAGUACAGAGAUCUAGCUCUACUCAAUCUUGGUGCUAUUUUCCACCAGGCUCGGUUUCCCGCUGAAGCAGCCAUCAUUCUUCACGCGGCUGUGGAUCACGCUCCGCUGGUGGCCUCAAGCCACUUUUUGCUUGGUAAUGUGUACGCAGUUCUAGGUGAUUACAACAGGUCGGUGGCAUGUUUUGAUAAUGCAGUGAAGCUGCAACCUGAUAUGGAUGAAGUGACACGGAUUAAAUACUCCGUACUGUGCCAUAAGAAGUUGGAAAGGGGGCUUCUUCAUCUUCAUGAGUCCCUGCAAUACAUUUUAGCUGAACUUCAUGACUAUCACAAUAAACAAGAAGAAUGGUUGAAGGAACAGGAGACGCUGAUGUGGGAGCAAGCUCCGCUUGACGUCCGUCUGUUGGGAGAAGAUAACAGUUUUAUAUCGGCCGUGCUGGGCAGUAAGGGCCACAGCUGUAUGCGGCGGAUCCAGGACGGGCGCCCGGUGUUGAGUUGUGAUGUCAGUAGUGAGAGUAAGUUGUUGGCCCACAGUCUGCACAUUGACAUCAGUCUCAGUCUCCAGAUGCUGCUCAGGAAUGUGGAGUUACAGGCAAAGAAGAUCAGCGAUCAGGUGUCUCGACGAGGUCUCUUGUCUCGUGCACCGGUGGCACCGGAUGGGGGUGGGGCUCAGAUGCGGCAAGUGAAAGAAACGGUUGAAGGUGAGGAAGCUGCGUCUAGCGGCAGCAGUGACAGUGCCAGGUAUCACACUCCCACAGUCGCACCUGUCUACCCUAAUUCACCUCCAGAUUCCAUUCCGAAGAAGGCCGCAACAUACGAACAAGAGGACUGGCCCCAGCAGGAAGAAUGCACAGCAGUGACUUCGCCAGUUUACUUCCCCCCUGUGUUCCUGCCUCCGGAGAAUAAGGGUUUUGAGGUGCACUUAUAUUUGGGCCAGCUGAUAGACUUGCCCCCUGGCACAGAGCAUGACUUGCCAUGGUACCCACCUUUGUGUAACAUUGCCAACUGUGGCACGGGUCCGGAAUCGGACUCUUACUUCCCGUCAUCGCUGACAAGAGACGGUCUCCUUGAUGUUCCUGGCACAGAGACCAGCCUGAAGUCACAGCUGACUAAGUAUGUCACUGAGGGACGUAACAUGAUGGAAGCGGAGAUUGGGCAGCGGAUUCUCACUGCCAUCAACAAGAGGGUUGGUCCGAGCUGGCUCUUGCGGACCCUGGCUUCUUUGUACUGGCGUGUGCGUGGAAAUUCCCGCAAUGCAAUGGACUGUCUCCGCAUGGCUCUCACUUCAGUUCCGAAGGAGUUUCGUGAUGUGGUGUUGGUGUCUUUGGGCUCUUUACUAUAUAAGCUAGGAUAUCUUGAUGAAGCACUGAAAGCUGCAUCAGAAGCACUAGCUAAAAAUUCUGUGGAGCCAGCGACACAUUUCCUGUUGGCGUCUGUUCUGGAAGGAAAGGGUAACCAUACAGGAGCCAUACAUCACUUGAAGCAGGUCUUGACUAUAGAUCCAGAUUUUUUAGAGGAUGGUCACGUAGAGAAAUAUCUGCUGGCAGUCUCGUGUCAGCUGAAGUUUAGUACUGGUGUUUGCAUUCCUCCUACACAGGACAGCCCCGAGGACAUGUGUGGGGCCAGCAGUGGGAUACAAGCAGCCAAGCAGUUUGGUGUGGAGGGACUGGAGGAGGGAGAGGUGGUCGUUUGCAGUCCAGACGGGGAGCAGUGCCACGCUGUUAAGUGCUUUUCAGCCAGUGAUGACACUGGUAGAAUUGUGACUCUUGAGCCAGCUGCAGUAUCGCAGAUUUUGGCUCUCGAUACAGAAGGUCAGUGUGGAGGCAGGCAUGGACUGCUGAGUGAUGUUAUUGCUUUCAAGAUAAGCAGCAAUGAGAAGGGUGCAGACCCUCCUGCUGCAGCAGCUGAGAAGCUGGAUGAAACGGAACUGGAACAUAUGAAUGAUAUUAGUGCUGUUCCCACAGUGAGUCCUCGCCAUGAGGAAUUCCAUCUUCAAAUUUCGCAGGGUGAAGCAGCCUCUCCUCGAAAUUCCGAACCACGUGGAGAUUUCUACGUGUCUCUGAGAGAUGAACCUGCGCCAGAUACUUCGUUUCACGUGUAUGACAGGAGUGGGGCUUACGCAGUUUCACUUGACGAGUGCGACCAUAUCCGCAGUAUUGACUGGGACAAACUAGCUGCUGCAUGGUUCAGUGCAUCUGUGAGGCAUAUCCGGCUUGAUUCACAUUUGCCAACCGCUCAGCGGGAGACGCUACAGCCCCACUGUUGCAUGUCAGUCAAUCCAUCGCCAGUUAUAACAGACCACAUACCUGCCAUCCGAUUGCGCUAUCGGCUCCAUUUAAGUCCAGAUCCCAGGGCAGCCCAGUGGCUUGGCGUCUUAGCUGGCGAUGAGAACAGUUCCACAGAGGAACUGGGCACACGAAUAGCACUUGCUUUGCAAGAGAAUGCCACGUCGUGGGUGCUAGCAACAGCUGCAGCACUGUACUGGCAAGUCAUCGGUCAAGGAGAUCAUGCCGUCACGUGCCUGCAGCAGGCCCUUCAGCAAGCCCCCAGCCCCGUGCAAGACAUUCCACUUAUUAGCCUGGCCACCUUGUUUCACAGGGCUGGUUAUUACAGUGAUGCACUGAUGGUAGCUAACCUGGCACUUGAGCUGGUGCCAGAGUUUGAAGUGACACACUUUACAAUUGCCAAUAUCCACACUUCCAUCGGUGAUCUAGAGAAGGCAAUCACAUUUUAUGGAUCAUCUUUAGCCCUGCGACCUGGUUUUGAACCUGCACGAAGACGUUUGCAAUCCGUGCUGUGUUCAUUGCAUUUUGACAGUCACACUGUGAAGACUGGUCCAUAAGACCAAGGAGAGUUGGUCUUGCAUUCUCAACAGAUUAAGGAUUGGAUGCUCCAAAGCUCUGAGUCUGUACACCAUUAAAUCAGUCACUGCUUUCACAUCAGUAAAUGUAAAAAACAUAAAAUAUUCUGGAAAUGUAAUAACAAUUAAAAUGUAAAACUAAUCCUGAAAAAUAUUGUCACUUGUUCCUGAAUGUGAAUAUUGCAUUCCUAUUGGUGUUUGUUUAUAAAAUCUAUGGGCUGUAGAGAAAUUAAGUGAACACUAUAGAAAUGAGAAGAGAUUGAAAUUGCUAAGAGUAGAUGACUCAGUUGGAAGAGCAGAAAUAGGGGUCGAGGAAAGAUGCGUGAUUCUGUGAAGUAGUUUCAGGUUCCUCAGUGAGACAGUCUGUUGUCAGCAUGACCUGCAUGUGAAAGGAAACUUUGGUAUCAAGAGGUGCAACCAAAACCAUGUUCAUGAAGGAUAAGCUGCAGUUUGACGGUACAGGUAGAAAUUUGCUAAUGUCCUCGUGUUUCUUAAUCGUUGUAUUUGCAAGUGCUGUUCCUCCACAGGCAGUUUGAUCCAUAAAUGGGAGUGACAUUUUGAUGGAGAGGGCUGACUGUGUCAGUGUUGUAUGUUAUUUUGCCAAAUCACACUUCUGAAUUUUGAAGCUUGUUCAUCCUUCAAAAAACGUAUUUUUGUUUCUGCUUACAUAAGCAUUGAAGUUAAAAUGGUUGUCAGUUCCAAUGUCCAUGUAAUAAGAAGUAAAAUAUAAAUAUGUGGCAUUAUAA